AUGGGACACAACAUCUCGCAACCUGUGGCAUUCCAGGAGCUGAGCUCGGACCAAUACCCGGUGGUGGCUGAAGAAGGCUUCUUGGCUAAUAGAUUUCAAGCAUCCCGGCGAAACUACCAUCAUGUUGAAUGGAAUCGAUUCCAAGCAUUGGUAUUGACACCUCCGUCGACCACGAAGUACAUCCGGACACCCCCGAAGACGUUGACCGAUGCCUGCGUUCCUUGGAGGAGGCGAUAUCCCAAGCCAGGGAGCAACACGUGCCUGUAUCCAGACAGGAAAAAGAAGAAAUCGGAAAAGAAACGGAUUGCUCUGGUCAGGCACAGACGAGGAUGCAAAAAUGAAAACACUAGCUUCUCGGAAAUUUGCAUCCUCUAUCCCCAGAUUCCGGUCCAGUAUCUGUGGGAUUUGUUCGAGAACUGCAAUGGGCACGGUGAUUGGACAGCAAAUCUGUUGCUAGAAGAGCAAAAGGCAUACGAAUUCGAGACAGCGGAUAAUUUGGAAGCCGGUGAGGUUGGCGGCCUACUCGCGAUUGAAUGUGAUUGCAAUGAAACAAUGGUAUUGCAAGUGCCUUCCGGUGAUCCCUCCGGUAGUGGUGGUGGUGGAGGGGGUUACGAAAUCGAUCGGUCUACCGUUAAUCUCAUAAGCAAGCUACACGCCACUUUCAAGGAUAAGCAUGGCUCGGGUACCAUCUCCUUAGACGAACUAACCAAUGAACGAACAAAGGUUUUCAUGGCUACCGAAAUGGCAGAACAGUUGUAUUUGUCGUUCUUGGAUUCCAUGUACAGCUGUAGGGGAAAAACAAGAUUUUAUGAAAAAAAAAAAUAUGCUCGAUUGGCACAGCAAAUGGAAGCGAAGGAAAAGUAUCCCGUUUUGUUCAAAAUGACCAUCGAGGAUUCCCCCAGCCUGAACGACAUUAUGGAAAUGGAGUACGCCCUAACGGCGUACCGAAGAGAAAUCAACGGCUGGGCUAAGCAAGCUCCGCAAGAUCUGGCCUCGCAUAUGACUCGUCAAAAGCUAGCCGAAAUGUAUCCUAUCAUUGACGAGAAAGUCCUGGCAGAAAUCCUAUAUGCCCACAAAUUCAGCGACGCUAUAACCGUCUUAAACAAUUCCAUCCCGGAAGAGCUGAGAAACCAAAUCGCCCGCAAACGGGAAGCCCUUAUGAAGCGAGCAGAAGCCGAAAAACAGAAAGCACUUCCUUCGUCCUCAACGUCGCCACCUCCAACGGUCGAGCAGGUACCGUCAUCCAGCGAAGACGACAUCAAUCUUCACUUGAAAACGGCCGAAGAAUGCCGCAAUAUGUCCCAGGACCACCAGGAACUGAAAAACGAAUGCCACGAGAAGGCACGGAAUGCCAUUCAGUGGGGCAUGGCCGGGGUGGCCGAGUACUAUGUCCAGGUUGCCAGUCUUCAUCGAACCAAAAUCGAUAUGUACAGCAGUAAGGCCUCGAAUGCCAUCAUGGAGGUGCACAAGCUGACGCUGAACAAUGUGGACGUGUUGGAUUUGCACUAUCCACACUCUGAGGAAGCGCUGCAGUGUUUAGAGAUUUUCCCAACAGAGCACGCCAGAAAGCUGACCCACCGGACGCAGCAGUUCAAAGAACUGUUCAUCAUUACAGGACGCGAGUUGUACUCGGCGGAUGGCAUACCGAUCAUCAAGCACCGGGUGAAGGCUAUGCUGCGGGACCUGGGAUUGAGGUCUCCCCAAACCCCAAACAAACCGGGGAAUGAAAUGCGAGAGAUCGUGUCUACAGUUGGUUCCUCCAAGUUCCAGAGUAUGCCGAUUCAGUUCCAGAGUAAAGCAGUUAGUAACACCCAGGAGUUCACCCAGCAACUACAAUCUUGA